GUGUGUGUGGGUGUGUUGUGCUGUGCUUUGCCUCUGCUCGUCGUCUCCUCGUCGGCGCGGAGUGAAACGCAGACUCCUCGGGCAUGCCGCUGCACCGGUACACGCACGCGAUCCUCUGCCGGAUCCCGCUGUCGCUGCGCACGCGGGGCGAGGUGACGCUGGACGAGGCCAGGACGCAGCACCUGGCCCUGGCGCAGCUCCUGCGCGAGCUCGACAUCGACGUCGUCGAGAUGCCGCCCGACGAGAACUCGCCGCUCUGCGUAUUCGUCGAGGACAUCGCCGUCGUCUGCAACGGCAUCGCCCUGAUCGCCCACCCGAGCGAGCCGUCCCGCCUCAAGGAGCUCGAUACCAUCAGAGCUGUAUUGAAGAAAGAACUGGAGAUACCGCUCAUAGAAAUAAGUGACAAGAACGCCCGCUUGGACGGUGGAGACGUGCUUUUCACCGGUAGAGAAUUCUUUGUCGGACUGUCUCAUUUUACAAAUGAAGCAGGGGCACGGGCGGUUGCUGCAGCAUUCCCAGAAUAUCCAUGCGUACCCAUCAAGGUGGCUGAAUCCAAACGCUUGAAAUCGCUGGUUACAAUGGCUGGACCAGAUGUUAUAUGUGUAGGAGCAGGAAAAGAAUCUCAAGAAGUUCUCAAGAGAAUCGAACGGGAGGCAACGUACAGUUACCAAACGCUGACCGUGCCCGAGGACGUGGCCGCCAAUGUGCUCUACGUGAACGGCACGCUCAUCCAUCGGUCGGAGGACGAGAUCCCGCAGUCGAGUAAGGUGUUCGCCGAGAAGGUGGAGUUCCCGACUAGAUCGCUGCGCCUGUCCGAAUUGGCGAAAGUUAGCUCCGGUCUGUCCUCCUGUUGCUUGUUGGUGCGCAGACCGCGGCACAUCCGUAGCAUUUAAACGCGUGAAAG